AAAAUACAGGGGCAAACUUGUUGCUCCCAUGCUUAGGAGGCACAGAUAGCUCAGACAAACACACUGAGCUGGGGCAGGUGGGGGGUAAGCGUCUCGCGGCGGUAGAUGCACCACCGAGGAGGAAGGUGUAAGAAAAUCGUCUGCCACUUCAACUGGAUUCCUUUGAAAGAUGCGAGGAAAGAGAAAGAGAAUACGCAUGCUGAGAGGAGUCCUCCAUGGAGCUUGACGGGACUUUAAUGAGUUGCUGCCAAGGAAUCUCUCAGCAACCCCGGGUCAUCCUUUAAAGCUCUAUUGCAGCUUUACUGGGAAACUGGCAUGGAAGAUGGCAGAUACCUUUGAAACAUUUUAUAGAAGGAAGUAGAGGAAGUGCCGAAUUAUUUUGUCAAGAACUCAACUUAUUUUAGGGACGUGUACCAGAAAACAAAAAGACAGACGACGCAAAGUUGACUUCAGUGUUGAGUUGGUGGUGAGUGUUGCAGAAGAAGAACGACAUGGAUGAAGCUACAGAGGGGGUUCAGGAAGGAAUGGUGAGCGAGGCUCUUGUUCAGUUCGAGGCCACGUUGCAAGCCGCCGUGAGGGAGGUCCACGUGGACGUGAGCGCCUUCAAACAGCGCAUCGAGCAAAGGAUCGAGGAGCUGUGCACCUCCAACGGACCCUUGGCCGAGGCGGUGACCAGGCUGCAGGAUGAGAACCAGCAGCUCCGGGCGAAGCUGGACGCCCUCGGCCGCCUCGUGGAGAGUCUCGCCGGGGUGAAGAUCGAGAGGAGCCCCGGUGAAGUGAAGGGGAAGAGCGCGGAGGAGCGAAUAGAGAACGGCCAUGUGCAGAUCCAGUCUAAGGGCCAGGAGGACCAGAAGGGUCUGGUCAACUCCGGGGGAUCGGAAAACAGCCACACGGCUUCAACGGGCGCUGAACCAUCGGGGUCGAGUGGAGGAUUGAGCCAUGCAGCUGCUCCCAACCACACCCCUCCUCCGUGGAGAACAAAGAGACAUGCCGAGAUUAAUAGCACUGAUACAAAAGAGGAGAAAAAUGUUGCCCACUUGGCCUCAGCUGCAAAAGAGAAUCACAAACAUCAAGACGACUCAUCGCUAGACUCUGACGUACCUGCUCCCCAGUCCCACUGGCCCCUGACCGCCGCCACCAAACCAAUCCCAGAGUCUGCUGCCAUGGAGACCCCCAGUGUGCCUGACCAGGAAGUGUCAGGUCUUCUGACCAAACCCCAUCUUCCUCUCACCGCAAUGACAAAAUCCAGCUCAGAAGCUCCAGCCGCUCCUCAGUCUCCUGCAACAAAAGAAGCUUCAUUAAAGUCAGUGGAGUCUCCUGCUCAGUGCGAUGUUGGUGAACCUCAGCCUCAUCUUCCCGUCACUGCCAUGACAACUAAGGCCAGUUCAGAGGGAGGAGUUCAUGCUGCCAGACCUGCUCAGUCUCCAGCUUCAACACCUAGAGCUGCCACUCUGUCUGCAGCUGCUGAGGCAUCUUUUCUAAGAGGUAUGUCUGCAGCAAAAGAGCUGAGUUCCCAGGUAUCCCAGGAACAGUCAGCCUCCGUAUCCCAGACUUUGCCCCAUCCUGCCCCCACAGCUGUAACUAGGGGCAGCUCAGAGGCUCCUGCUGCGUCUAAAUCUGACCCAGCGCCGAACCCUUUGGUGCCAGAAUCACCGACGAUGAGGCGAGCCGAUUAUCCGUUUAGACGUGACAUAAACGAACCCAAGCCCCAUUUGCCUCUUUCUGCCAUAUCCAAACCCAACACAGACCCCACAUCGCCUUCUUCGGCUCAGCCUCCCACCGGUCCGGCUUCCCAGGAGUCUGCUCUAAAACCUGGGGAAUAUCCCUUUAAACGGGUACCAAUUCUCAAGACACCCAGUCCCAGUUUAAAGAGAAGCGUGAGCUUUCCUCAGUCUGCAGAAAAACUGCUGCCCUCCAAAUCAAUCAUAAAAUCUGGCUUCUCGCCUAAUUUGGACAAGCGAGCGAACAAGUCGGGGGGACUCGAUAUCAAACAGGAUCUGAUGAAAUCACAAACACUCCCACGCUCCAACGGGGCUCAAGCCAAACGGGCGCUGUUUGAAAGGAUGAACUCAGAGCCUACAAAGCCGAAGGACUCCAAGCCUAAACUGAAGCGCUCUCAGAGUUUUGGGGUGUCCAGCGCCAGUGGGAUCAAACAGAUUUUGUUGGAGUGGUGUCGCUCAAAAACCAUCGGUUAUCAGAACAUAGACAUCCAGAACUUCUCGUCCAGCUGGAGCGAUGGGAUGGCGUUCUGCGCCCUGGUCCACUCUUUCUUCCCUCUGGAGUUUGAUUACAACACUCUGGAGCCUGGGAACCGCAAACACAACUUAGAGCUGGCCUUCACCACCGCAGAGGAGCAGGCCGACUGUCUGCGUCUGAUCGAGGUGGACGACAUGAUGGACAUGGGGGACAAGCCGGACCCCAUGUGUGUGUUUACAUACGUCCAGUCCCUCUACAACCACCUGAAGAAGUUCGAAUAACUCUGUAUCAGAGCGGAUUAAACUGCCUGGGUGUCGUGUUAACGCUUUGAACGAGGAGCCCACGUCGGUUUUCUCUUUCAUUCACCGGCUUCCCACAAUUUCUUUCACCUUUGUAGAGGACUUCUUCACCUGCAGUUGUGUUGUUGAGGUGUGUGGCUAAAAUGUUUUUAUUUUGCAAAAUGAAAGUUAGCGUUUGUGUAGCUCUCAAAUUCAAAUCAAUAAUACUGUCAUAAUAAAAGCAAGAUCGUUUCUGUUGAUCUGUCGGUGUCUGAGGACAUGAGCAGUCCAUGAGUGUAAGUGUAGCAGUAUAUAUAAUUUAUUUAUUAAAACAUUAUGUGCA